AUGUCGAAUACUCAUAUUGUAGAGUUACGCAGCGACACCUUCACUCAGCCAACGAGUGAGAUGAGACGUGCUAUGGCAGAGGCGGAGUGCGGUGAUGAUGUGUGGGGCCUGGAUCCUACAGUCAAUGCUUUCCAGAAGGAAGCUGCUGAGAAGUUUGGAUUCAAGACGGCGUUGUAUUUGCCGACGGCUACCAUGUCCAAUCUGGUGGCUAUGUUGGUCCACUGUGAGAAGAAGGGCAGUGAGAUCAUACUAGGGGAUAAGGCCCACAUGCACAUAUACGAACAAGGCGGCUACUCGACCAUUGCCGGGGCUCAUUGUAGAACAGUCCCGAACCAGCCUGAUGGUACUCUGCGUCUUGAGGACGUAGAGUUCGCCAUCCGGCCCUUCGAGCCCCACUAUCCUAUCACUAGGGCGGUGUGCGUGGAGAAUACUCAGAACGUCUGUGGUGGUCGGGUACUCACCAAGGAGUAUAUAGAUUCCCUCGGGGCCCUCUGCAAAAAGAACAACGUCAAGUUACAUAUAGACGGUUCGAGGAUCUUCAACGCUUCCGUGAAACUUGGCAUUUCGGUCAAGGAGUUGACUGAACAAGCUGAUACGGUCACCCUGUGUCUGUCCAAGGGCCUGUCGGCGCCCAUGGGGGCUCUUCUACUCACUCGAACCGAGGCCGAUGCAGUUCUGGCGCACCGCUUCCGCAAAGUGCUCGGAGGGAAUAUGAGACAAGUCGGUGUCGUAGCCUGUUGUGGCCGCAUUGCUAUCAACGACAUGGUGGAAAGGCUGGCUGAGGACCAUAAGCAUGCCAAAAUGCUCGCUGAAGGGCUUGCAAGCAUUGAUGGAGUUGCCUGUGACGUGGACGCCACUGAGACCAAUAUGAUUCGUUGGGGACUGGACAAAAAGGUACAGGAUAGAGCCACGUGUGCUAAGGUCGUCGAAGCUCUCGCUAACAGUGAUGAGGUCUGCGUGAAGAUGAUAUGCAUUGAACGUGGGUCGGCGAUCAGGGCCGUCACUCAUCGUCACAUAACGACCGACGAUAUUGUCAAGGCGAUCAACAAGGUUCGCAAGGUGAUGGAAAAGGUAACGACGACUUGGCCUAAACUCACUACUGCUGAUCAUGUUUUGACCAUCGAGUAGAAGCCGUGUUCAUUCUUUGUUUGAUAUUGUUUU